AUGCUAUUCUCCCUCUGCGCCCUACUGAUGCUUACCCUGCCACUAGGCCUGCUUGCCCAAACCAUAUGCAAUGGUCAUCCUGAAUACUGCAACCGUCGCUACACAGACGUGUCCUUUGUCGGAGCUCACAAUUCACCUUUCGUGGGCUUCCUACCACAGCACAACCAGGAGAUAUCUGUGAUUAACCAAUUAAAUCUCGGCAUCCGUUACUUACAGGGCCAAACACACCUGAACGCGAGGGGAAAACUGCGCAUGUGUCACACUUCAUGCUUUCUAGAGAAUGCGGGCGGCCUCGAUGCGUAUCUAAAAAAAGUGAAGUCGUGGCUCGACGACAAUCCGGACGAAGUGGUCACGCUCCUAAUUACAAAUGGAGACGUGCUGGACGUCUCCAGAUUCGAUGAAGCGUUCGCGAAAAGUGGCAUUGUCCCUUACGUUUUUGUUCCUCCUUCUUCUCCCCAUAGACUCAACAUGGACGCAUGGCCGACUCUGGGACAAAUGAUUCGGUCUGGGAAACGCCUUGUCGUCUUCUUGGAUUACGAGGCCAACACGAAUAGGUUCCCGUAUAUUCUCGACCAAUUCACUUAUUAUUGGGAGACGCCGUUCGAUACCACCGACCCGCUAUUCCUGCAUUGCAAAAUCGAUCGUCCCCCAAAUGCAAACCCAGAUGGAAGAAUGUAUAUUAUGAACCACUACCUGGAUAUAGAAAGGAUUGGCCUUUUGUUUCCUGAUCGGUUCUCUGCACCCAGAACCAAUGCAGCAACGGGAAAAGGAAGCAUCGGGGCGCAGGUUGAGCUAUGCACUGCAAUGCAUGGACGCAAGCCCAACGUCGUUCUGGUUGACUUUCUCAAUCAGGGAGAUGUGCUUCGAGCGCAGGAUACGAUGAAUGGGGUUUAA